AUGGUGGUGUUCAAUGGGGCCUUACUCAGCCUGAACCUCCCAGUCAAGCCCGCUCACCCUGUCAGGACCACUGCAGUAUCAGACUGCAACUUCAGAGAUGCAAGUCUUAUCGCUCAGGUUCAUCAGGCAGAUCGCGAUCCUGUGAGAAAGUCCUGGCCACUGCCCCAAAGAAGGCUAAGGAGGAGAGGGGGUGGUAGAAGAUGCAAAGUGAUAACACGAGCAUCUCUAGCACUACCGCAACUGCUGCCUGCCACAACAGUGCAGGGCGUCUGGACAGCUUUGAUCAUUGCAGGAGCAGGAGGACUCUGGUCUGAGCGUACUAGGAUUGGGAAGGAAUUGAGUGGGCCCCUAGUAAGCACGCUCAUUGGGCUUCUGUUCUCCAAUGUUGGCCUGAUCGGGGGAGUCCAUGCCGGGGCAGUGUAUGACACAGUCAACAAAUUCAUCUUGCCUCUUGCCAUUCCCUUGCUUCUAUACUCUGCAGAUCUCAGGAGAGUGUUUCAGGAGACUGGAAGGCUGCUGCUAGCUUUUAUCAUUGGAGCGUUUGCAACGGUGGUGGGAACAGUGGUGGCCUUCAAGCUGGUGCCCUUGGCCGCGCUCGGUGCACAGGAUUCUUGGAAGAUUGCCAGCGCGCUCGCAGCGAGGCACAUUGGGGGCGCCAUCAACUAUGUGGCUGUUGCAGAGACGCUGCAGGUGUCCCCAUCAGCGCAGAUGGCGGGCCUGGCUGCUGACAACCUCCUGUGUGCGGUCUAUUUCACUACAAUCUUCCAUUUGGCGCGCAAGAUCCCUCCUGAGAGUGCAAGUGCCGGUCAGGCCUCCGCCGAUGAUCAACCCGCUGCAGAAGGCAUCAAGGCAUGUUCCCCUCCUCAUGGCAUGGCUAGCACAGGAAUAGCUAUAUCGGCCAUUCUGUGCUAUGUCGGACAGCAGCUGGCGGUUGCUGUUGGCUUUCCAAGCUCUUCAAUCUCAAUCAUUACACUGCUCACCGUUGCUCUCGCCACAUGUUUUCCAACCCAGCUGAAGCCGCUCGUAGCUUCCAGUGAGGGCAUAGCCUUCAUCCUGCUUCAGAUAUUCUUUGCAGCCGUUGGCGCUUCUGGGCAGAUACGAGCGGUUCUGACCACUGCGCCAUCUCUAUUUCUCUUCUGCUUCCUCCAAAUUGCGAUUCAUCUUGGCAUUAUUCUGGGAGUGGGCCGGGCAGCUGGCUUUGCCCGCAAGGAUCUUUUGCUGGCAUCAAAUGCAAAUGUUGGAGGCCCCAGCACUGCAGGAGGCAUGGCAGCUGCAAAAGGCUGGCAAUCGCUGCUUGUCCCAGCACUGCUGAUUGGCACUUUCGGGUAUUCGUGUGCAACAUUCGUAGCCCUAGUUUUAGGGUCCACAGUUCUGCGCGGUAUGGUGGUGAUAUGA